AUGUUAUUUAAACUGGUUCUCGGCUUGACUUUAUAUGUUUCAUGGGUAUUCAGUACCGAUGAACGUCAAGCUGGCCUAAUUAUAUUACCUCCGAUAAUUCUGGGUUACGAUGAUCUAAACGAUGAAUCAGCAGCUCCAGAAGUAAAAUUACAUGCUACAGAUGACGAUAAUAAUAUACAGAACGAAAAGACGACAAAAAUCGACAAGAAACAUAACUGUAAUAAUAACUUGAACGGCAGAGAUGUCACGUUCGUUGGAAAAAUAUUGGCGCGAAACAAAAAAUAUCCUUGCCGCACUUCAUAA